GAAAUGCGAGAUGUUAAUGUACGGAGGACACACGGCCUCGAUAGGCGGAGACCAACCGCAAAAAACAGGAACAUAGAGAUAAGACGCUCCAAAGUUCACAUGCACACCUGAACAUGACAACACCUUUAUUUUUUAUUCGUGUGAAACCGACUGAACUCUGUUCUUCUGUUACUGCAACCAUCAAAUCAUGUUCAUACAACUUCAACAAGUUUGUCAAGAUGAGAUUAUUGCGAGCUUGAGGAUGGAAAGGAAGGAAAUUAUGUAUUUCUAACUGGAUGUUUAUUGGAAGUUUUACACCAGGAUAUCAUCUCACGGCUGUGGAUAUGUGGUCCCUAAGUGCUGUGGUUCUUCUGCUAUGUUUUAAUGGUAUUUGGUGUGAUGGAUGUAAUCUGACAAAGCCUUAUUUUGAGUCCAGGAAUUUUCAUCAUGUUCUCCAUUGGAAUGAAGUUCCGGGAAAAGUUGUUCUCUACAGCAUCCAAUACACCAUCUAUGGUGAGCCGUACAAACCAGCGAUAUGGUGCCAAAACAUCACAGCUCCCCAAUGUGACCUAACGUCUGUUAUGACCGACGUGACCUCCAGAUAUCAUGCCAAGAUCACCGUGGAUGGACUCUGUGUGGGAGAUAUCGAGUUUAAUCCCUAUAGGCAAACCAUUCUGGAAGCUCCAGAGGUGUCCGUGUCUUGGAAUGAAACGUCACUGAACGUUACGAUUUUACCACCGAUGGGUCCGGACAAACGCUCCAUGAAGGACAUCAGCUGCUGGGGAAUCUGUCAACAUCCCAUGAAGUUCACCGUUAAGCUGACGCAGCCCAAGUUUGCAGUCGGAAGGGAAUACAAGAGUACGUCAGAUUCAGUGCUGGUGUGGCCUGUAGAAACAGACACGAAGUAUUGUGGAGAUGUUGUAUAUUCACUCACACAUCCCAUGUCACCACGUCAAAGUGACACAAAAUCAUUCUGUGUGACUACCUCAGCAAGUAACACCUGGUUUCAUCUAGUUCUCAUGCCUGCUCUUCUGGCUGUUCUCCUACUCAUAAUCUUAUCCAUGGUGCUUUGUCAACAGUCCAUGAAAGGGAAACGUUCCUGGCCGAAAGCUCUGGUGCUGCCAAAGAAAAAACUUUCCUUUUAUUCCGAACCCCUGGAUGAAAUAUCCAAAGUACAAGUGUGUUCGGGAUUUGUUGGAAAUCUUGAUGUGGAUCAGGAAAAGUCAAAAGUCGUAAGUAAUUGUAGCGGUUACGCGUCUCAGAACUCUCGUGAUCUUCAGUGGACAAACAGUGAUGAGGAGAUGUCAGCUGACUGCUCGAGCCCUGAACAUUCGGUCAACUACACAAUGGUUGUUGGCGUCCGUCCGCCUGAGGAAUCAUCAGAUGAUGACCAGACACAUGAAACCAUCUCAGAAUUAUCUCUGAAGAAGAAGCAAAACAGCGAUUCAGUGAGCCAGGAGCUUACGAUCUCUGACAGCAUUAACAAACCUUUAGUGGUUCCAGUUAUUCCUGAUGUCAAUGGUUUGUUGCAGUUUAAAGGAUUUUUAUUUCAGCCCGGAUCAGAGAGUUUACUUGGAGACAGGACGCCAUUGCUAACCGAUCUAAUCAUUGAGGACUCCAGUUGCAAUUCGACGUACCGACCCGUAAAUGUUUCUGAUUUCUCAACGGUGACGUCCAACUACAGGCAGAACUGGCUGCCGGGGACGCCUCUAGAGGGGUAUCGGGCGCAGAGGACUUAUGUUUUGAGGAAAGAUCCCCUUCGGGAGUCGACUGAGAAAGAGCACGAGGACUUGGAAAUUGAAGAAGAAUCGAAAGUCUGUCUGUCCCUUUUGGACAGAUGGAUGUUAAAAAUGGAAGGAUGAUCUUUGAUGUUUGGAGUAGUCGGAGAUACCCGUCAUCCGUUAUCAUUCUUAUGA